UGUCGGGCCGAGCGAAACAAGCGGCAGCCCAAAUGGCUGCUCGGAAAGCUGCCGAGAUAAACGCAAAGCUCCUGGCUAAAGGUGUUCCUAUAAAACAAGAAGUCUUGUUACCUAAACAGGGACAUCAGAAGACAGUACCAAAACAGCAGCAAAUGCCAGUAGUACACAGUGCAGAGAUAGAAAUAAAUGAUCUUGACAACCGAGGCUUCAUAUUGAAGAGCAACAUUCAGGAUCAGAUCGGACAGUGGACGGGCACAACGCUGGUAACCCGGGGCAGAUACAUUCCUAGGCACAGGCAGACUGACAUUAUGACUAAGUUAGAACGGCCACUUUACAUCCACAUCUCUGCUGUGAACAAAGAUUGGAGCUGCACAGAGAAAGCAAUACACUAUGUGUUGGCAGUACUUAAACAAAAUCAAGUUCCAUCCGGAUCAAAGGGAUUCCAGCUGGAAAAAUACCCUGAUCCUAUCUUGUUGGAAAUUUGCGCUAGGGAUCUCGAGGAAUCGACGGUUCCGUUUGUUGAAAAAGUAUACUGCGAUAUGGAAGACCAGCCUCUACCUUGGAACAUUAAACAGGAAAUAGAGGGGCCAAACGGGCAGUUUAUUGGGCACAUAGUCAAGACAACACAAGCGAGGAUAAUAAUGAGGGGUACGCUAUCUGGAAAUCUGGAACCAGAAACGGGCAGGGAACAAAAAGAGCCACUUUUCAUCCAGAUAAAUCACAGUACUCUCGAAGGUCUCGUCGAGGCGAAACGGCUGGUCGACAGUCUACUGUUUACAGUACACAAAAAGAUAAGAGACAAACGAAGCAGCGCAUCACCUCAAACCUAUGGGUUUACAUCCGCACAGCCAAACUCCCCAAAUUCUCCUGCCGGAGCAAUAGUCUACCCCAGUCAACAUCAGCAAACUUCCUCUAAUACUCAUAGAACUGGAGCCAUGUCUGCACCCGUUGGUUCAUCUCAAAAUACCUCGCGUCCAGAUGUCAGAGCACAGUCCGCAUCGUACCCAAAACUCCAAUUGCAGAACCGAGUGCCAGGAAAUGAGAAGCAGGUUAUGAGGCACAAUCUGGUCCUCAACAGUAGGAGUGCUCCUCAUGCAAACUCCAAUUCUUCUAACAGUAGACCAGACAGGAUGCAAUCUAAACGACGUUUCCAAGAAAAUUUCAACGCCUCGAAAAAGAGGCGCAGUAAAGAUGACGACACCAUGAAGAUGCCACCCCCACCACCCCCUACCGCUCCUAUAUCAGCAGGUAACGUGUCAGACUGGAUAAAAGAGACACAGAAAGCGAAUGAAAUCGAGUCGUCUCGUAGCAGAGGGCGGAAUAACUUCGACAAAACGCUGGUCUGCGACUACAGCAGUAGUGAGGAUGAGGACUGAACGUUAAUUUUUUAGGUUGCUAAAUUGAACACAGAUAGACCAUUUUUCAUAGUUUAAGGAAAUUCUAUAUUGUUGUUUUGAAGAUUUGAGAUCGUGGUAUAUUAAAGCUCUUGAUGUUUUGAUUGUUUCAAUGCAAUGUUGUGAGCCAAUAUUAUAAAUUCUGCCUACAAAUAUUUACAAUCA